CGAUAUCCAGGUAUGCAUACGUCACAAAGCGAUGCGGUCAUUCUAAUUAUAGUACAAAAGGUCACGUGGUCAAGAUUUCGGACAAACAUUAUCUCAGAAUUAUCAACAAUGGCAGCGAGUGAACCUUUUCAAUACAUAGAAUUAAAUGAAAACGAAGUGCCUGGGGCAAAGUUUGUUUAUGAGUCUAUUGAAAAACAUUCAAAUACACAAUUAAGUAGGUGGCUGGAAUGCCGAGGACUACGUAAAACUGGAAAUAGGAGUGAAAUCUUGAAGCGAGUUCAUAGUUGUAUCAGUGCUGGCAAAGACAAGGAAAUUGAUGUCGGGGUAGAUUGUGGGAAAUGGUAUGAACUGAAAAAGGAAAGUAAGCUACAACUUGCAGGAGUGCCUUCUCGUGUUCCUCUGCUACCAUACUGUGGAUGGGGAAAGUUCCCAUCUUGUCAGGAGAAAAUGCCAAAACUUUUCAAUAAGGGCCACAUUCACCACCACAUUGUGGAAUCAGUUCAGUUUGUGAAUGCCAAAGAUGUAAGUGAUGAAAGUGAUGAUGAUAUUGAAGAUCUUCACACUGCAAAGCCAAUGCAAAAGGGGUUUAAAGUUUUUUGAGAGCGGACAUGUGAAGAAAAUGCAGGACUGUGUCAAAUCUGAGCACUAUUUUUUAAAGAGCAAGGUAAUGGCUUCCAUGCGGACAAAUGUGGAAUAUGAUGUGACAGUGACAUUAAGUGUACAUUCUGGCUUUGUUAAAGAUGCAUCUUGCACUUGCAUUGCAUCCGCUAUGGGACGUUGUAGUCAUGUGACUGGACUGUUGUAUGCGUUGGAAAAUUUCUUGUCAUUAUCGGGUAAAGACCUUACCAGCUGCACUUCAUUACCCUGUACAUGGAAUAGAGGUCGUCAAAAACAGAAAAAUCCAAAACGUGUACAAGAAUUAUCAUAUAGCUCAAAAAAACGUAAAAUUAAUUCUGUAAUUGACUUUGAUCCAAGGGGGCCAUCAACAGUAAACAAAGACAAAGAUAAUGUCAAGGACAAUUUUUUGUGGAACUUGCAAAAUAGAAGAAUUAGUUCAUCAAUGUGGAAUUCUAUUCUAGAAUUCAGUUAUGAGGAUUAUGAAGUGACUAGUGAUCAGAUAAAUGUAAUCAAAGAGUGGAGAGAAAUAUUUCUAGAACAUCUCAAAGUGCCUUCGCAAAACAGUUAUCCAACUCUUUUGGUUGAGGAUCAAAGGAGCGAUCGUUGGUUUACCGAAAGAAGAGUUAGGCUAACUGCGUCAACUUGCCACACUGUAGUUCACCUCCAGUCAGGGAUUGCCAUAGGGAACUUCCUGUACAGAAAACUCUGGAGUACAGAAAAAGUGACAUCAGCAGCUCUUAGCUAUGGUGUCAAGAAUGAGACAGAGGCUAUUAAAUGUUACAAAGACUUAAAAAACAGUGAACGUCUGAAAACAAUAAACACAGGUCUUUGGGUAAAUGGUACAAAUCCUGAACUUGCAUGUAGUCCAGAUGGAUUAAUUCUAGAUCUGGAUGAAGCCCAGUGCAAAUAUGGAAUUUUAGAAGUUAAAUGCCCCAAAAUUUUGGAAAAUCAUAAAAUUUCUGACUUCAAGACUGUGCUUAAGCCAGCACAGGUGAAAACAUUCUGUUUAGAAGAUUGUAACGGGGAAAUAACAUUGAAAAAGAAACAUGCGUACUUCUAUCAAGUUCAGAUGCAAAUGGGGGUAACAGGCUUAAAGUAUUGUGAUUUUGUUGUUUGGUCAAGCAAGGAGACUUUUAUUCAAAGGAUUAGGUUUGAUGAAACUUUCUGGGUUGAAAUAAAGGAAAAGUUAAUAAAUUUUCACCACUCUUACAUUUGUCCGGAAUUAUUCGAAAUGAGGACACCACGUGAGCUUAGCAGCUUAAAAAUUAUAUAAACUUGACAAUGAAUGUUCUGUUCAAGUGAGGAAGUUGUUAAGUACUUGUGGAGAACAAGUCAGUACUGGUGCAGAAUCUAUGUACACUGGUUAAGUGCGGCUCGGAACACUUGUUAUCAUCCUUCGGUAUAUAUGCAUAUAUGUUUAUUUUAUUUUACAGUGGAAGUUGUUAAGCACAUAUGUUUAUUUUAAGAGUGGAAGUUGUUAAGUACUUGUGGAGAACAAGUCAGUACUGGUGCAGAAUCCGUGCACACUGAUUAAGUGGGGCCCGGAAAACUUGUUACCGUCCUUUGGUGUAUAUGCACAUAUUUUUAUUUUAGAGUGGAAGUUGUUAAGUACUUGUGGAGAACAAGUCAGUACUGGUGCAAAAUCUAUGUACACUGGUUAAGUGCGGCUCGGAACACUUGAUAUCAUCCUUCGGUAUAUAUGCAUAUAUGUUUAUUUUAUUUUACAGUGGAAGUUGUUAAGCACAUAUGUUUAUUUUAAGAGUGGAAGUUGUUAAGUAGUUGUGGAGAACAAGUCAGUACUGGUGCAGAAUCCGUGUACACUGAUUAAGUGGGGCCCGGAAAACUUGUUACCGUCCUUUGGUGUAUAUGCACAUAUUUUUAUUUUAGAGUGUAAGUUGUUAAGUACUUGUGGAGAACAAGUCAGUACUGGUACAGAAUCUGUAUACACUGGUUUAGUGCAGUUUGGAAAACUUGUUAUCAUCCUUCGGUGUAUACGCACAUAUUUUAUUUGAGUGGAAGUUGUUAAGUACUUCUGGAGAACAAGUCAGUACUGGUGCAGAAUCUAUGUACACUGGUUAAGUGCGGCUCGGAACACUUGUUAUCAUCCUUCGGUAUAUAUGCAUAUAUGUUUAUUUUAUUUUAGAGUGGAAGUUGUUAAGCACAUAUGUUUAUUUUAAGAGUUGAAGUUGUUAAGUACUUGUGGAGAACAAGUCAGUACUGGUGCAGAAUCUGUGUACACUGGUUAAAUGUGGUUUUGAAAACUUGUUAUCAUUCUCCGGUAUAUGUGCAUAUAUGUUUAUUUUAGAGUGAAACUUGUUAAGCACUUGUGGAGAACAAGUCACUACUGGUCCAGAAUCCAUUUACACUGAUUAAAUGGGGCCUGGAAAACUUGUUACCAUCCUUUGGUGUAUAUGCACAUAUUUUUAUUUUAGAGUGGAAGUUGUUAAGUACUUGUGGGGAACAAGUCAGUACUAGUGCAGAAUCUGUAUACACUGGUUUAACCAGUAUCUGUUAUACAUUAUAAGCAAUGUAUGAAUAUAGUGAAAACAAAUAUUUAUUAUUGUUAACUUUACACAUGAUUUUAUUAGUAUUGUAGUAUUAACUGAAAUCAUUAUUGUAACAUAUGUAAAUACAUGAAAAGUAAAUACAAAUUUAAGAGUGA